AUGUACUACAUUUCUUCUUUACUUGUUUUACUUUUCUGUCUGCUGGGGACUUCAGUGGUGGUGGAGGUGAAUGCUGAUGCGAAGGAUGCUUGGAGUCUUUCAAAGGGAUCUCGUGAAGAGCAAAUUGAUUUCUGGGAAGGUGAAAUCCACAAACUUCGUAAUGGUGAACUCGCCAAGGCGAAUCACGCCCUCUAUUCAUCUAAGAUCGCACUAGAAGAUGCGAAACGCAAAGCGGGUUGGAUAUUCACAAAAUCUGAAGAUAAAGCUCGUAUCAAGAUGCUGGACGAACAAUAUGAAAAAAACUUGGCGGAAGUGGCUGUGUUGUAUCGCCAGGAACAAAUGAUGUUGGCUAAAAUAAAACCACUGUAUGGUAUUGUCUCCAGACACUUUGUACAGGAGCAGCGGGAUACCAUAGCUUCUGCAGUGAACCAAGUACAACAGUUAAGUUAUGAUCAGGCAUGGUACAGUUCACUGUUUAAUCUUCGGGAUGCUGAAACCUUUACAGAUAUUAUUGUUGGAUUUCUUCUGGAGUGGUUGAUGGGAUAUAUUUUAAUGUAUCCAUUUGCUGUUUUGUACUAUGCGUUGUGGAAAGCACCAUGGUCUAUUUACGCAUACUCUUCUGGAAUUUCAGAUGUAUUUGUGGGUUUUAUGGCCUGGGCGGUGUCUGUUUCUGUGAUGCUUCUUCCCGUGUUGGCGCUUAUUGGAGGGUUUUGGUAUAUUCAUCGGAAUUACGGUGAUCGUGUAAUGCAAUCAUUAAAUACCGCUAGAGAGCGGGAAAGGCGACGUCGAUAA